CGCCCCGCCUGACCCGGAAGUGCUGCUGCUUUGGGGCGCCGAGAAAGGAUACCCUAGAGCGCUGAGGCGUAUUUGGGCGGCAGUUCGUUGUUGUCGGUAUGCAGCGGUUGCUCCUUCCACCUGUGAAGGCCUUGAUGUGGAGCCGGUGCGUUCCUAGGGUGGCUCCCAGAGCACAGUGUGGUUGCAGCUAUGGCAUCAGGCGCCCUCUGAGGCCAGGGCAAUACAGCACCAUCACCGAAGUGGCUUUGCAGUCUGGAAAGGGUACAGUGUCCCUUCCCUCAAAGGCUGCUGAGCGGGUAGUGGGCCGAUGGCUCCUGGUCUGCAGUGGAACAGUGGCUGGAGCAGUUGUUCUUGGUGGCGUAACUAGGUUGACAGAGUCUGGCCUCUCCAUGGUAGACUGGCAUUUAAUAAAAGAGAUGAAGCCACCGACAAACCAAGAGGAAUGGGAAGCAGAAUUCCAAAAAUACCAGCAAUUUCCAGAAUUUAAAAUCUUGAAUCAUGAUAUGACGCUGGCCGAAUUCAAGUUCAUCUGGUACAUGGAGUACUCGCACCGCAUGUGGGGUCGUGUUGUAGGUCUUGCAUACAUCCUGCCUGCUGCCUACUUUUGGAGAAAGGGCUGGCUCAGUCGUGGCAUGAAGGGCCGUGUUCUUGCUCUCUGUGGCUUAGUCUCUUUCCAGGGUCUGUUGGGAUGGUACAUGGUGAAAAGCGGAUUAGAAGAAAAGCCAGACUCCCAUGACAUCCCUCGGGUCAGUCAGUACCGCCUUGCUGCCCACCUCGGAUCAGCCCUGGUUCUUUACUGCGCCAGCCUGUGGACCUCGCUCUCCCUGCUGCUCCCUCAGCACAAGUUGCCUGAAACCCGCCAACUCCUAUGGUUGAGACGAUUUGCUGGUGGAACAGCAGGUCUAGUGUUCCUUACAGCUCUCUCAGGGGCUUUUGUGGCCGGGCUGGAUGCUGGUCUUGUUUACAACUCCUUCCCCAAAAUGGGAGACUCCUGGAUCCCAGAGGACCUCUUCACCUUCUCCCCCAUCCUGAGGAACGUUUUUGAGAACCCCACCAUGGUGCAGUUUGAUCACCGGGCUCUGGGCAUCACUUCUGUCACUGCCAUUACCGCACUUUACUUCCUGUCCCAGAGAAUCCCCCUUCCUCGAAGGACUAGGAUGGCAGCAAUGACUCUGCUAGCUUUGGCGUACACACAGGUGAUCUUGGGCAUUAGCACUCUGCUGAUGUACGUUCCAACUCCUUUGGCUGCCACUCACCAGUCAGGCUCUUUGGCUUUGCUUAGUGGUGCCCUUUGGUUUAUGAAUGAACUACGAAGAAUCCCCAAAUAAUUUUUAGAGGAUCAGCUUUUUGAGAGCUCAUCCGAGAACACGGAACUUGGGCUUUCCUAUGAGGAUGACCUUGACAUGCCAAGUGGUUUUCAAAUUAGUCACAUUAUUUAAAACUCUUUGCCUAUUUUGAGAUAGUCACUGGCUCAAGAAUGUCAUUAAGUAUGGUUAUGCCAGAGAUUCCUUUUUUUGAAUGUUACACCUUAUGUUCAAAGUCAGGCUUAAUGUAUAGGAACAAAUGUCUGCCGUAUGUUAAUAGCCCUUCUUCAUAGCCCUGUCUCAGAUUUUUAGUGUUGGCAAGGCUCUUGGUUACACAAGCAUGAUUUCUAUGUCUUUGUGCCCCUGGGUCCUCCUCACUAGGGUCCAGCUGGUGGAGACAGUAACUGCAGAGCAGUGCCCCAGUUAAGGGUUUAAACUGUGGCUGAGCACUGGUCUGUUGCUAAGGUCUAGGGUUGUCAGACCUUCUGGGUUUUUUUAAAACCAAAUAUUAGAUUUUUAUAUGAAAGCUCUUAAUUAAAUGUUGGCAACUAAUUUGAAGUUUUUAAAAAUUUAACAUAGGCUUAACAUGCCUGGGCGCCAUACAUGACCUAUUUGGAAUUUCUGAACUAGAUGAUCUCAGUUCCCUUUCAACUCCAGUAUUCUGUGAGUUUCAGUAUGAUCCAGUGUACCAUCCUCAGGUGUUCUUAGCAAAACAAAGACAGACAGUUGUCUGUGAUGUUCCAAAAGUCCCAGGUCCUGAUGGGCUUAUGCUUUUGCUUAGACAUGGUUCCCAACUUCUCUCACAUUAGAUCUUUUAGAAAUCUCAAAGCCCAAGCGUUAUCCAAGAUAAUUAAAUUACAACUGGGAACAAUAGGAGACUGGAUUUUAUGUUUUCCAAGUGAUACCAAUGUACAUGUAAGUGGGGACCACUGGCCAUCCUCUAAUAGCCUACUUAAUUUAGAAAGUUCUGAGAAGCUUAUUCCUAUUCCUUCUGAAAUUCUACCUACUCUUAUCUCACAUAAUGUGCUAUGGUGAUCCCGGGUGUACAUUAACAAUAUGUUAUCUUCUCUGUAGAAUACUUAUUUUAAAGAAAGGGAACUGCAGUUACUGGGGCAGGUUCUCUAUCUCCUGACCCUUAAAUCCGAGUUCUCCUUAGUUAAUACUGAGACAGCAGAGGGCAGUAUGAUGCAACCCAAACAACCAUAUACUAAUGCUUUUACAGUUAGAAAAGUGGCAACUCGUAAGUAAGUUCAAGUUUCAGUUUACUUCAUUUUUCUUUUAUUACAGUUGAAGAAUAAGUUUGGAAAACCAGAUCUUAUAUUUAGCUAUAUAACUGCAUUAUGCAAUCUGUGAGCUCCUGGUGAACAGAAGUUAUCUUAAUUAUUUUUGUAUGUGUUAUUCCCAGAGCCACCAGACACAUAACAAAUUCUGAAUGGAAUGACUGUGUGAAUUAAUGAAAAAUAAACAAUUGCAGAUUGAUGUCUCAA